CGUCGGUCCCCCCACCCCCUCCUUGCCUGCCUGGCUGCCUGCAAUCGGGCCUUUUCCUCUCUCCUUCCUCGCAGCAGUGUCUGUGCUGGACCCCUGGGUGAGGCAAGAGACUGCCAGAGUCCCCAAGGUCCACCGGGACCUCCACCCCACGAGUGACCACCUUCCUGGGAGCCGCACAGCCCUGUAACACAACCCGUAAAGCAGAGCCCCUCUGUGUCCCGUGUAGCCAUGAAGCUGGAAACGCCCAGUUCUGCUGCUGCCUCGCAGCUGGAGUUCGCAGUCGCCACGGAGAAGGAGUUUGAGGAGAUCCUGGCCAUGUCCAAAGGCAUCUACGGGGGUCUCGACUACCUCCCCAGCCGCUACCAUGCCUGGAUCCGUGAGCCCAACCGCACUGUCGUGCUGGCCAAGAGGAAUGGAGCCGUGAUUGGGCUCCAGUCUGUCUACAUCAUAGAUGCUGGGGAGACGGCCCUGGUGGAGGGGCUACGUGUGGCACCCUGGGAGCGUGGCAAGGGCGUGGCGGGUGUCCUGCAGCGCUUUUGCGCCGAGAUGGUGAAGGAGAAGCAUCCCGACGUCAAGGUGUCGCGCCUGACGCGGGACGACAAGCUGGGGCCCAAGGACUUCAAGAAGUACCGUGUCAUUGCUAAGCAGGGGAUCCUGCUUGUGCGCUUCAAUGCCCAGGAGCUGCUGUCCCGGCUGGACACCAUGGUCUUGGCGCUGGCAGAGGGGGGCUUCUGCCCAGAGCCCUCGGAGCUCCUCGUGGGGAGGGAGGUGGCAGAGGUGGUCCUGGCGGAGGCCUUCCGGAGCGAGGUGCUGCCCAACCAGACGAUCAUCCAGGACUGGCAGCCCUUCAAGGCUACCGAAAGCAACCUCAGCCUGCUGCAGAAGAAGGAUCUCUGCUGGGUGGUGGACACCAAGGCCCGGCCCACUGUGGCCACCCUCAGCACCCGGCCCUUCUCCAUUCCGCUGGGCGACGGCUGGUUCUACCUGAACAUCGACGUCUUUGGCCGCAACGUGGCACACGUCAAGAGCCAGCUGAUCCAGCACCUUCGCCUCCAAGUGCCCCCUCUCCAGGGCAGCGUGAUGUGCCAGGUGUUCUUGGAGCCAGGCCUGUGGCUGGAGAUGGCCACAUUCUGCCAGUCGGCGUUGGGCCUGGAGCUGGCCAAGGACUACACCGAACAGUAUCUGCUGGAGUCCGACAUCUAAAGGGCAGGAGAGGGAC